ACGACGUAGCAGGAUCACAACGUGCAGUCAUUUUUUCCCAUGCCAGUGAAAAACUAACAACAAUAUAUCUUGACAGUAUCAUGGCGUCCACAGCUACACAGAACGACUCCGACGAUGACGACUUCGCCGAAGCAUUCAAGCGCUAUAAAUACAAAAAUGCCUUCAAUGAAGACAAAUGGGAAGAGGAGUUUGACAAAAUACCCAUGUUCAUGAAAACGGCUCCAGAAGAGAUUGACCCCCAAGAAUAUCCAGACCUUGCAUGUAUGCAGGCUAUCAUCCAUGAUGAAGAUCGGAGCCCCCAAGAAAAAGCACAGAGUUUAAAGAAUGAGGGUAAUGAAUUUUUCAAAGAAAAGAAGUACACAAAGGCUAUCGUGGCAUACACGGAGGCUUUAAAGAAGAAUUGUGGUGACCAAGAGCUGGAUACGGUUCUUCUCACCAACCGAGCAGCGGCACACUUUCAUAUCGGGAACAUGCGCUCUGCACUGAAUGAUGCUACAGCUGCAAAGAAGAUUAAGCCAGAGCAUCUUAAAGCUUUGAUCCGAGGUGCUCAGUGUUGCAUCGAGUUGCGUAACUUUGUGGCAGCCAUCCAGUGGUGUGAAGAGGGUCUUCAAGCUCAUCCUACAGACAAGAAGUUACAGGAGCUGAGAGCUGCAGCAGACAAACACAAGAGAGCAGCAGAUAGAGACGCCAGAAAGGCUAAAGCCAAAGAAAAGAAGUUGAAUACGGAGAAAGAAGCUCUUAUGGCUGCUAUAAAGGAGCGAGGCAUCAAACUUCUCCAGUCUGUGAAACCCUGUCAGUCUAAUUCAGACAGCCAGGAUGAAGACGAGGGAACUUCGGACGCCAUGGACAACCUGAGCAUGAACGGCCUCAGUUCACAGGAAGCCACGGGGGCUCAAGUCUUCCUGGACGAGCAGGGCUCCCUGCACUGGCCUGUGCUGUUCUUGUAUCCUGAACAUCAGCAGAGUGAUUUCAUCUCUGCUUUCUGUGAAAGCAGCAGUUUUUGUGACCACUUUGCCGUCAUGUUUGGGGAAGAACUUCCACCUUGGGAUAUUGACAGAAAAUAUCACCCGCAAAAUUUGCAGGUGUUCUUUGAGGAUGAGGAGAGGGAGGUGCUCUACAGAGUUGACCCAGAAAUAUCGCUUUUGAGUGUGUCACAACACAAAAGGUUUUUUGUCAAAGCGGGUACACCCAGCUUCAUCGUUUUGGUGAAUGGCUCAUCAUUCUGGACCCAAUAUUUAACAGGAAGGAAAAUACGGACAUUGUGAAACUGCCCGCUUUCAUUUUUUUUAAAUUUUAUAUAGGAAAAUGUCCUCCAGAGAUUGUCAGUGUGACAGAAAACAGCAGAUUCUAAAUGCAGUUUAUUUAAACAAUUACAUAUAUGCAACAUCUAAUCACAGUUAGUUACACCAACAAUUCAUGAAUUGCACAGAAUCAAGUCAUAAAUAUUUGCUGUAAAAGCUCGCCUCUAAAAAAAGGCAAUAAAUACAACCUGAGUACUGUCUGUACUACAAAACAUGCAUGUCAACUGAGUAAUACUCCAUUGUCAUUGUUUUUAUGCUGAGAAACUUCACCCAUCUUUUAAAAUACUUCCUAUAAUCAGCUCUGAUAAAUACAUAUGCUUUGUGUAAUUCUGAAUUUCCCAUCACCAAUUCCAAUACAAAUAUAUAAAAAAAAAACUACUUUGCCACUUAUCGCAGUGUUCAGUUGGAUCAUAAUCAUGAUUAUAAUUACUUACUUAAGUGACGACAAAAAUGGGAUUAAUUGUGGAAAUAAAACUUUGCUUGAAUGAACUCAGUCUAAAUCCUGACUAACCUCAAACACAUUAAAGCCUCACAUUUGUAGUGUUUUACUGUUGAGUAACAAAAACCAUUGGUUGUGGCUGCAUCAUCAUCACAGGAGCAGGCUGGUUGACGACAGUUUGGUUCACAACAUUCACCACAGUCGAUGUUUUGUUUUGGUCUUUCAGCUCACGGUGCAUCUGACACCAGCUGCACCACAUACAGAAACAGGAAACCAGAAUGUCCUUGCAGAUGGACCCCUGGACCAAAAAGUAUGCGUUAAAGUUGUUAAUUCAUUCUUUUACAACAUGGCUGUAGCGCUGUGCGUCAAUACCUUGAUACGGUAUGUUUUGCGAAUGGAUGUUCUCAUGGACAAGACGGCAGGGGGGACAAACAGAGGAAUCCCAAAAGUUGUGAACAGAGCAGGGCUGCAGACGUCACACAGGGGUAGACAUCGGUUCUCUCCAUGUCUCCCUGCAACCGUGCAAGCCAGGCAGGGGCAGCACCAGAAACCA